UUUCUUCUUCACCUACAAUAAUAUCACCUCUCUCUCUCUCUCUAGCUUUCUCUUUCAUUAUCUGGGUCUGUAUUAGUUUCUUAAAUUCUUCUUCAGUCGAUCGGGUUCUAUCUUAAUUUCAAUUUUUUUUCUGUGUAUCUGUCAAUUUGUUGUGAAAGAUUGUAGAACAAAAAACAAAAAAAUCUAGUCGAAGUUUAGAGUUUUAUUCUUUUGAUUAAAUUAGUAAAAAAUUUGGAUAUUAGUUUCAGAUCAAGGUGGAAAAUUCUGUAGAAAUGGAAGAAGUUCCAAUACUGAUUAAUCAAGCAGCUGAAGACUGUAUUGAUUUACCACCUGGUUUUAGAUUUCAUCCAACAGAUGAAGAAAUUAUCACUCACUACCUCUCCAAGAAGGUUCUUAACAUCAAAUUCUCUGCUACAGCUAUUGGUGAAGUUGAUUUGAAUAAGUGCGAGCCUUGGGAUUUACCUAAUAAAGCGAAGAUGGGAGAAAAGGAAUGGUACUUCUUUUGUCAAAGAGAUAGAAAAUAUCCCACAGGGAUGAGAACCAACAGAGCAACAGUAGCUGGUUACUGGAAAGCAACAGGAAAAGAUAAGGAGAUUUACAAAGGGAAAGGGUGUCUUGUUGGGAUGAAGAAAACUCUAGUUUUCUACACCGGCAGAGCACCUAAAGGAGAGAAAACUAAUUGGGUCAUGCAUGAAUUCAGAUUGGACGGAAAGUUCUCUCACUAUAAUCUUCCUAAAACUGCAAAGGAUGAAUGGGUUGUCUGUAGGGUUUUUCUUAAGAACAGUAGUACUGGUGGGAUAUUAAAGAAAGUUAGUCCAUAUUCAGGAAUGCUAAGAAUGAAUUCAUUUGGAUUUGUGGACGAUUAUUUGCUUGAUUCUCCUUCAUCAUUACCACCUCUUAUGGACAAUUCCUCUCCUAAUUAUAACUCAUCAAGUAGACCUAGUACUUCCAGUUACACGAAUGAAGAUGAAUUCAAGACAACAAUAUCUGGUCAACUUCCUAAUUACAUCUCAUCAAGAACCAUGGAUCAUCAACAACAGCAAGAUAACAAGAACCUUCUUGUACCGAACUAUAACUACAACAUGAUGAACCAACAAGUGAUGAUGAUGAAUCAGUUUCCAUCUUCAAAUGCUACACCAAACUCAUCCAUGUUUUACCCCCAAAUUCCUCAAAACAUGAGUUGCUUGCAAAAGGAACAGAGAAGUGUUGCUGCUAACACGAAUGCAAUUCCAAGCUUUCCGGACUCAAGUAACUUCAUGCCCCAGCAAGCAAGAUUGAGAGCUUUAGCUGAUCAAACCAAUCAAAAGUUUGACCAAAUGAAAAGGCUGAAUGAUUAUGAGUGUAAAGUAGAACAACAAUUUACAUCAAACAAUCAUUCCAUGGUCAGUCAUUGCUCUCAAGAUACUGGAUUGAGUAAUGACGUGAAUGUAGAAAUUUCUUCGGUGCAGCACGAUAUGGCAGCAGAAAACAACGGUUAUGGGGAAGAUCCUUCUCAUCAACAAAGGCAUACUUCAGAUGAUCUCAAUUUGGAUUACUUAAUAUGGAACUACCAAUGAUCGGCUAACAACGCUAUAUUAUAGAUAUAUCAUCCUCAUCCUCAUAUAUCAUCAAUAUCACCAACAACAACACCAUCAUCACCAUCACCACCACUAGCACUAUCAGAACCAGUAUUAUAAUUAGGAGCCCUCGGUCAAUCUGGCUUCCACGUUAACUGAAGGGUAAAAUAGUUUUCUUCGUUCAUUCAUCCCGUUGCACGGAAAGAGAAGACCUUAUAGUGGGCUUCAGAUUUAUUGAUAUUUCUGUGCUGAUCCGUUUCUUAUACAUUACAGACUAUAUAUACAGAUUAAUUACAUGCAGUUUAAAGUAGGGAUUAUUUGUUCUCUGUAAGGAAAAAUCUUUAAUCAUUAAUAUAAAUUACCACUAAUUCUUUUGUUGAGUUCAA